ACUUUCUGUUGUUGUCCGAAUUUAGUCUGUGUUUCACUCUUCGUCGUUUAAGGGCAUAAGAAGCGGAGUUGCUUGCGAAUUGUAAACAAAUCGCGGAAAAGCUGUUAAAUUCAUUCAAAUCAUUGACAUUUGAUAGUAGCCGAUGAACCACAAGUUAUAUUUCAAUAGUUUUCGCUACUAAAUAAGUUAAUAAACGAGUUUAUCGAGUCGUCGAAAGAUUUACUUUCAGCCAUCCAAUGACGAUUAAGUAAAUCGACAAAAACAGUCAAAAUGAUGGGAGUAAGCCAGAACAUGGAACUGAAGGAACUCUCUACAGAGGAAGCUUUGAUGCGAACCCUAUCCUCAGAGCUCGGCAAUGAAGUGGAACCUCACUCCACCCCUGCCAUUCUCAAUGAAUCCAGUCGAACGUCUGUGGAUGAAGUGGAUCUUUGUGAGCUAACCAAUGGCGUCGAUAGCUCCGAUAACGUCAAAGUUAUUGACAAACCAAAAAAGAUAUCGGACCAAGAGCGUAAUCCAGGUAGCGAUUUGGACGCUCUUCUGGACAAGAUUAGCUCUAUUGUGGAUUGUAGUCCCAAAAAUUCCGAUGAUAUUGAUUUACUCGAUAGAGGCGAGGAAUGCGACUCUGUGUCGGCGAAGAAGAGAACAGCUGGUGAUACGGACAAAAAUCUAAAAGAGCAAAAAGAAAAGCCAGAAGAAGAAGAACAAGGUGAAGAUGUGCUUAGUUCUCUAGAAGGAGCAGAGUGCAUCGAUCCUGAUUCUGAGUUAAAGACUGAGGAGAAAUUAGAAGAAAAUGAAGAACACGCUUCAGCCAAAGAAUCCACACAGAAAACCGAAGAUUUAGCUGAUUCAGGUGAAAUAUUAAAGUCAAAGGAAGAAGAUGAAGUCGCAGCCCAUACUGCGGAUAACAUUGAAAAAGACGGUAAAAAUAGAUCAACAGAAGAUGUGUUUAUGUAUGCUUUAGACUGUAUUUCGAGUGCCGACGAGUUUGAUGUCUUUUCCUCUCAGGACUCCAAGAAGGUAAAGCCAAGCAAAAAACUAAACACGGAAGAUAACUCUUCUGCCAAUGACUUAGAAGAUAUUUCAUCUGAUGACGAUGAUAUAAUUAAGGAAAAUGAAAAACCCAACACUGAGGUUAUAGAUUUAGAUUCGUCGAGUGAAUGUGUGCCUUGCGAAACGGAAUCGGAGGUCGAGGAAACUGCAGCUAACACAGAAGAUACCGAAGUCGUUACUCACGGUAAGGUUUCUGCGAAGAAAUCAUUGAAUUUGCAAAGUAUUAUCUCAGAAAAGUCCGCGAGUGCGGUCGAAUGUGAGCCUGUCAAAGCUGAUGAACAUUUAACAGAAGGUGACGAACCCAUGUUAGUUGGAGACGAGGUAACCGAAAAGUCGAAAGAGUCUAUCCCAAUCCAGAGCGAAGAGUCAAUGGAAAUCGAUGAACCGGAUGAAUCCAAGGAAUCCGAGGAACUUCAAGGGCAAAAGGAAAAAGAAGAGCCUGGUUACUGCAAGAAAGCAAAAGAUUCAGAAGAGGCGAAGGAUAAAGAAAAGCCGGAGAUGAAAACCAUACAAGCGUCGAAAAGAGCAGACAUACUGGGAGACACCAAGGGAAAGGAAGAUCCAAACCCAUCCCAGGAUGUGGAAGAUGUUAAGGACACAGAAGAGCCAGAAAAUAAAAAGGAAAUAGAACAGACUGGAGAGCUUGAAGAACCUGUGGUGAUCGAAGGAGAAGAAACAGAAGAUCCAAAAAAGAAAGUCCAAAAGGAAUUUGAUGCUCGAACUCAAGCCCAAGAAAUGAAAUACACAACCAUAGAUGAUUUGCUUGUAGAAGCGGUCAGAAAGGUUGUAGGGAUAGAAGAAAAGAAGGUUGCAGAGGAUGAACCAGAAGGCGACAAGGAACCCACGACAAAUGGAGUAUGCGAAAUUUCUACUGAUGGAAAUUUAAAGCAUUUAGAAAGCAAGGAAUCAACGGCUGUUGAAGAGGAGACCAAAGAGACGGAGUCCGAUGACGAAGUUAUAUUCUUUGAACCCCUAGAGAAGACCGAAAAUGUUGGCACCACAGCCAAUCCAACGAACGAAAAUUCUGUGAAACCACAAGCUAAGGAUGACGAAGUUGUUCUCGUCUCCGAGGAUGAGGAUGAAACACCGCAGAAUAAGAUACCGGAAAAGGAAGUUCAAACUACCCAAAAGGAAACAGCUUUAAAAGAACUUUCCAAUGAGUCCACUACAGAAUCAGGUGAAGCUAAGGACCUACAAAUAGACAACUCCGACAAUGCGUGCGAUCAGUUUGAGAAACUGAAGACCCCUGAUGUGGUAAAGCAAACUGCCACAGAAGAUGGGAACAGUAAUUCCAGCAAUCUAUUGCGACCCGCCGAGUACACGGAAGACUCGGCUCCAAAACGGUUGCGUCUCAGUACCGAUGAAAAAAAUGAAUUCGAAACGGAGACGAAUCAAGAUGCGUCACCAAAACUCAGCAGAGCAAAGGAUGGUUUGAAGGAUGUAACCAAGCGGAGCCAUGAACAUCUGGACAGCAGCCCUCAGGAGGAAAUACCCAAUAAGAAAGCUAGGACUGAAGACUCCGACUCAAAUAGCUCCCACGAAGGCACGCUACAGAUUGAUAUGGGUGGACAGGAUGACAAAGAAGAAUCCCCCAAAAAAGAAGUCGAAAAGAAACUCGACUUCGACCUUAACCCCGUUCCAGAAAUUAAACAGAAUGUUAAGCCGCUGCGCUUGGAAUUCUUUAAGACCUUCCGACGUAGUUUCGACACAAUGACCCGUGACGACCUGGAGGAGCUGGUGCUGCAGAAGGUCGUCGAGGCGAUGAUGGUUAAAAGUGAUUUCGCAGAAAUACGUAUGCAGCUGGAAAAAUGCGAGAGCACUCUCGUCAAUUAUCGCCGCAAGAUUGCCGAGGUGUCGAAGCAAUUCCUGGAUUUGGAGACGGUGCACAAGCGUGUGCUUAAGGACUUGGAGGCUAAGAACUCUCAUUUCACCGCUCCUGUGCGGAUAACACGAGCUGUUGGUCUUCAGGUGGGCAUUCCGUUCAAGGCCAUAAAGCCCACCGUCGCCGCUCCAGAGCCAACGCAUGCUGCUGGCAGCGUGUUGGCUCCGCCCAGCGGAACGCCACCCAAGGCCAGCACCUCCCCGACGCGUGCGUCCGUGCGACCAAGACCUCCUCCGCCUCCCUUUGGACCAUCCACAUCCUCAUCGGAAACGGGUGCGGGCGUCAGCGCCUCUCAGAAUUCCAAUCCCCAACAGCAGCAGCCGGCAGCACGGUCAUCUCCAUCCUUGGCCACGGCUAGUGUCACGCCACCUGUGCGCCGGGGCUGCUUGCAGAAGGUCACGCCCCAUCGACCGGUACCUACUAACUUACAGCCCGGGCCAAUGCUCACGAAUCAGGCCAGCGUCCAACGUCUGCAGCCCCCACCGCCUAUAGCUCAAAGGACAACGCACGCCUCCAAGCACACGGGAACACCUGGCUCCACGACUUCAGCGGUGGCCAAUGCGAUUAAUAAAAGCGUCAUGCGUGGCCGGAUGUCAGCAGCCGCUUUCUUGGCGCAAAGACAACAGCAGCAACAACAACAACUGCAACAACAACAGGCGCAGCAACAGUUCAUACUACCUCGACCUAGUUCCGGUCCCACGCCAGGUGCGAGUCCUGCCAAGCAGGUGCCGAAGUGCACAACUAAAGUGCGCGCCCAGCAGCCACCGCUUUCGGGGGCCACGGUCUCGGUGCCAAUCUCAUCCAGCAGCAGUGGGUCGGGAUCUGGCAGCUAUGGACAGCAGCAGGAGCCCAGCUUGACGCCGGCCAAGCCCAAGGAGAAGGCAGUCAUUGACCUCACAGAUGAGGAUGAUGCAGCGGCUGCUGCGGCGGCAAGGGCUGCCCAAGCACAAAUCGAGGCUAACGCUCGUUUGCGUCAGGCAUCCAAUGCGGCGAUUAAGCGGAAUGCUCAGACCGCAGCAGCGAUAAGAGGAGGACGUGGAGGCGGAAAUGUGGUGCGAGCUUCUCCAAUGCAAUUGGCUCGCGUAAAUGCUCGACAGUUAGUCCAUAAUAAUGGAGGAGGUCAGCGAAGUUCCUUGGGCUCAAACGUAACUAUGCAGAUACGUUCGGAGAACACCCCGCCUCCAGCAUCUCGUUUAAGAUACUCACAUCCUGCACCACUGCCCACGUCACCUCCCCAGCCCUUCAAUCCAGCCUGGAAGGUGCCUCCUUCGCGACCCGUUAUCCGGAUUAGUCUCCUUGAGACUGGUAUCGUUAUAUCCUGGACUCUGGAGGAUUCGAGCCCGCGGUUCGCAGAGUGCGUAAUGUACCAGAUCUAUGCAUACCAGGAGACGAUUCACGAGCCCAGCACGGAUAGCUGGCGGCAUGUGGGCGAUGUCAGCGCUAUGUUGCUGCCCAUGGCCGUGACUUUAAAUCAGUUCCAGGAGAACCAGAGGUAUUUCUUCGCUGUGCGGGGCGUUGAUAGCCACGAUCGAUUCGGGCCGUUCAGUGUUCCCAAGACCUGGUCGUAGACGGAUUGGUCUGUUCUCUUCCUUAGGUGUAGAUUCUAGUUUUAGUAGGCGAUAUGUAAUUUAUUUUUGUCCUUGGUAAUCCGUUCUCGAAACUAGCCGAAAUGAUCAGUUUACGCCUAAGUUAUACAGAGAUUUUUGAAGAAUUUUUAAGAAGAAAUAAACAAGUUAUGCCAAGCAGCCAAUCCUCUGCAGCCAGUAAAGAACAAAAGAAAACAUUGUAUUUUAUUCUCAAUAGGUUAUUUAACAUAAAUAAGUUCAAAACUUACAUUAAAUAAUACACAAGAUUGAAUAAAUAUCAAAUGAGAAUGGCGUUUAUCUUA